UUAGUUCCAGAAGUGCUUUCUAUGCUGAACACAGCUAUUACUUUUUUCUAUAAUAGAAAUUUCCUGACGUCGUUACGAAGCUGAGAUCAGGCAUAUAUUUGACUCUUGAGCGUAAAAUUUUGUACUCGUUAUAUUUUUACCACUAUAAUUGGGUCCCAAGAUGGACAAGCCUGAAGAUGGAAACUCAAAGAAGAACGCUGAGCAAAAUGAAUCAAAUAGCAGGCAGCUGUCCAUCGAAGGUCCCUCCACUUCUAACAGUGCUGAGCGUACCUCACGUUUAUUGCAGCCUUUGCUGAAUCAACCAAAACAACCAACUAACUUGCAAGGAUUGCUUAAGUAUGCUAUAGAUGUGGCGCAAUUGGAGAAUAUAGAAGACAAAUCUCAGAUUUACCCUUUGGAUGAAGAAAAAAAAACAUUUUUAAGUAACGCUUUAUCAUCAUUGACAGCGAAUGUAAUAGAGGAGUUACAAGAGGAUAUACAAACUUUAUCCGGCAUUGUUAAUUUAAAAGCUGAUGCAGAUUCAUCGAUGUAUGAGAAUGCGCUCAAGAGAAUUGGUUAUCAUGUGGACAACAUUGAUGUAGCAAAUGAUUUUCAUAAAAUUGGCGGCUUCUCGCUAUUUCAGCUGUGCUUGAAUUCUUCACACAGUAAUAUAAGAUGGAGGAUAGCCGAUAUCAUUGCCAAAUUGGCGCAGAAUAAUCCAUAUUGUCAAGAAAAGAUAUUGGAAACUGGAUUAUUUCCUAUAUUGUUAUCUAUGGUUGACACAGAUCCAUCGGAACAUUCGAAAAUAAAAGCUCUUUACGCAGUUUCAUGUAUAGUUAGAGAAAAUCCAACAUCGUUAAAAUAUAUGGAAAUAAACGAUGGUUACUCUGUACUUUUGCGAGCAUUACAGAGCUCAACAGAGAAGUUGCAGAUAAAGUCUGCAUUUUUGCUCUCUAACUUGUGUAGCAAGGAAAACUCGAGUGACAUAAAGCAUACCUUAGUAAAAAUGGGUUUCAUCGAGCAAGCAAUCGGACUGUUGUCUAGAGAUAAUUUACAGCUCGAAAUUAGAGAACAGUUACUGAGAAUGUUGUGUAGUAUGGUAAGUGACAAUUUUUUACCAGCACUGGAAGAACUCCGACGACCACAAUUGCGUUCGAAAUUUAUCUUCGAUAUGUUACUAAGUGAUUUCGAAAAUAAUCAGAAUGAGAGAUUCGAAGACAAUCGGGACGAGAAAGAAAUGUGUAUCAGACUACUGGAAAAAAUCUCUUCUGAGUUUGACACCAAUCAAGAGAGAUAAUUUACACACACACACAUCAUGUUUUUCUCCUAAAUACAAUGAAUCAUUAAGACCUCUCUUUUAUCUUAUAAAUUUGAUUAAUUUUGA